GACUCGGAUCAUCCCACUCAGAUUUUUAUUUCUCUGUCUUCGUCAAGACUAAAAACAACCUAAGAUGGUGCAAGCUGAACAAUCACUUGUUGAUCUAGUAAAACAAGAGAUUCCAAUUCAUCAAUCAGAACCAGAAUCACUGGUAUUAUCUGAUGAUAUCAAAACUGGACUAGUUCUUGUUGAUAUUGUCAAUGGCUUUUGUACUGUUGGUUCUGGCAAUCUGGCGCCAGUUGUACCAAAUAGACAGAUCUCUAAUAUGGUAGAAGAAUCUGUCAAGCUAUCUAGAACAUUCUGUGAGAAGAAAUGGCCAAUAUUUGCUUUCAUUGAUACACAUCAUCCUGGUAAACCUGAGGAUCCGUAUCCACCUCAUUGUCUAAUUGGUACUGAUGAAUCAAAAUUGGUUCCAUCUUUGCAAUGGUUGGAGGAUGAACCAAACGUUACCAUUCGACGCAAAGAAUGCAUUGAUGGGUUUCUUGGUUCUUUUAAAGAUGAUGGUUCUAAUGUCUUUGUUGAUUGGGUCAAAACCAACAAAAUUGAAGCUAUACUAGUGGUGGGCAUAUGUACAGAUAUCUGUGUUCUGGAUUUUGUGUCUUCCACAUUAUCUGCAAGGAAUCUUGGUUUGCUUGCUCCAUUGAAGGAUGUGGUGGUUUAUGCUAAUGGCUGUGCCACCUUUGAUUUGCCUAAUCAGAUAGCCUCAGGCAUCAAAGGAGCUGUAGCUCAUCCACAGGAGCUGAUGCAUCAUAUUGGUCUUCACAUGGCAAAGGGGAGAGGAGCCCAUGUUGUAUAUGAAGUGUCAUUAGGUUCUAUUAAGGAGCCGCGAUCAAAUUCAAGUUGCUGCUAUGAGUAAUGUUGCUUCUAGUACAUAAACAUAUCUCUAUGCAUGAAUAGUAUAGUUUGGCAUGCGAAAAACAAUGUUUGUUGUUAAAGACACCGUGACUAUAUAUGAAUUAUAAAAAUCCACUUUGGUUCAGAGUUAUACCAACAUUGGAAUCGACGGGAUUUAUCAGAUGUUUGUACUGUAUAAUUUAUCAUAUGAACCCUAAGUACAAUGUCUUUCAAUGUUCCCUUUUUUAUCUAUUGAUAGUUUUACAAAAACCA